GCAACGCGGCCCGCGAAUUUGGAUUUUCGUAUACUUCCAUGUUAGCCUAGCUGUUUGUCUCUCUGUAUUUACUUGGACGCUUUGGUCUGACAGAGAGUUUCCUGUGGAGAGUUUCAUAUGUGAAUGGGGGAUGAGCAGCCCGGGACAGAGCAGCGGGACAACCAAACCAGCUGAUCUGUUUGAAGACUUAUGGAGGCAGCUGGGAGACUGCCACCAAAAUGCACUUCAAGAAUUGGAGGCAAAAGUGAGCAAGCUGAAGAAAGAUCGCUGUCUAGAUGCUCAGAGGCUGGAGGUGUUUUACAAUCGCAACCAGCAGCUCAAGGAGCAAAACAAAACCCUGCAGGAUGCCAUCACUCUCCUGGAGGACAAGCUUCGGACAGGAGAGUGUGAUCGAUGCGUCGUGUUAGAGGAGAACUUCAAGACCCAUCAACAUCAAAAUUUGCAACUUAUUGCCAAAUUAAAGAAUGAAAAAAACAGUCUGGAGGAUGAGAACAGAAAACUACACACCGAGCUGCAAAAGUUAAAGAUGUCUCGUUCGGAGCUCCACGAGGCCUCACCGCAGGAAGAGGAAGAGGGCAUCAUCCCAGACUCACCGAUCCUGUCGAGCUCGCUGCCUGUGGUGAACAGACUGAAGAAACGGAAAAAUAUCAACAAAAACAAGCAUGUCCGCUAUGCAGAGAUGCCUCUGCCAAAGUCUAACACUUCACUCUUCGACGAGAUAAAUAAAGAGCCCACAAGAAACCCAGGGUGGGGUGAAGUGCUCGUACCCAACACUUGUGAAAUGGACGCAUCCCAGAUUUCAGUUUCAGAAGAAGUGAAUAAUGAUGGGGAAGAAGUGAUUGCAGAAACCUGUGGUUUUGAACUUCUUGAUAAGCGUCCUAUGAAAAUGGAGACCUCUGCAAGACAACAAAGCAGCACAAAAACUCGCUGGAAGCAUGAAGGCCGUUUAAAGUCUCACUGCUCCUCCCAUUCAUCCACACUGAUCCAUAGUGCAGACAGCACCACAGAAAGAUCCCCAUCUCUGCUCCCAAGUGUCAAACGGUUUUCAGAAGACGGCUCCGUUUGGAAGGCGAAAAGAAUAAAGCAGGAAAGUGACCAUGAGGUGCAGGAGGGCAACAAACAAGGAACCCAUGAAGGGUCAGACAAAGAGGAGGAAAGCAGACACCUGCAGCCUGAACUGCUCAACCAAGCGACCUCAUCUGCAAGUAAUCAAAGCGUCAAGAAGGAGCUUUUGGACAUCAAGGUCCAGUCAGCACAAGCAGAGACUUCCCGCCAGAAGUCCAACGUUUCUUUUGUAAGUCCUACUUUCAAGAAGCCCAACAGUAAGGUUAAAAAAGAUGCAGAUGGUGCGGGCCAGAAAGGAAGUCCUCUGCAGGAUCUGAAUGCUUCACACGGCCAGCCUGAAGGAAAACCUGCUGAAAAGAAGCACACGGUGGAGAAUAUGUGGAGCCUUGACCCUGCCCUCGCUCUGUCCAUGUAUGACAGUGAGUGGAGAAGAGACGAGGAAAUGGAAGAAGAGCAGCAUCUGGCAGAUACUGACUGCACUUGGGUCAGUCACAGCUUACUUCAGGGUCAAAGACAUAAUGUCAUGGACAGAGAAGACAAUGUGCCUGGACUAGGCAUGAAGGCAAAUGACAGUUUGGAUAUGUUGUUUGAGACAACAGCGAAUGGAGAGUACAAGUCCUUCACCAGUUCACGUGGAGGCCAGAGCCAGCCUUGUGACGAAGAGGAGGAGGAGGAGGAAGAAGAGGACGACGAUGAACAAGAUCUUUGUGAAAACAGUGCACGUCAGAGUAAAGCACGACACCCGACAUUUCCACACGUGGCAGUAAUUCGUAAGAAAGAUGAGAGAAGAAAGCUGAAGGGCACUACCUGCAAGGAAUGUGAAAUUUAUUACGCACAUCUGCCAGAGGAGGAAAAACAGAAAAAACUGUCCGCCUGCUCCAGACAUCGCUUUCUGUAUAUUCCUCCUUGUACUCCUGAAAACUUCUGGGAAGUUGGCUUCCCAUCAACACAAACAUGCAUUGAUAGAGGUUACAUCAAGGAAGACAAGAAUCCUGAGGCACGUCUGCGGAGAAGACAACCACUCACUGCUUUAUUCUCUCCAAAGCAAAGCCAGCAGGACUAAAAAGAUUCUCUGUUAGAAGACUGUUGAACUGACGCGUUUACUGAGAAUCUGUGAGAAGAACAGGCUUUUUACUGUGUUCAAAUUGUUCUGCUAGCACAGAUGCUGUUUUAAAGUGACCUUAAGAAUGUUCAGUGUUUCAGUGUAACGACUAUUUGGCUGGUUUGUGUUUUUGUACGUAACAUGUUUAAAUAAAUAAAAGAUUAACCAUA